AUGGCCACUCCACGUCCAAAGCGUCUCUCUCGUCUGAUCAACCUCUCUGUCGCCUCGUCAUCACUACCCUUGACUAAGUUUACCUUAUUUCCCGAGUUGCCGACAGAGAUACAAUUACGAAUUUGGGGUUUCGCCUCUCCUCCUGCGUACUAUUGUAAGUAGUCAUCUAUUUCCAUUAUCCCCUCCAGUGUUUUAAUUUCAACCGCUACUAAAAAACCACACUUCUCUGCUUUUCCUUGCUUCAAACGACUCCAAAGAAAAACAACCUCUAAUUGGUCAUAGUGGUAUGCAAGGACAACCAUACUUGCAUCCCAACUCCAACCCUGAAGCGUCUGUACUAUUACAACCGACCCGUUCCAGCAGUUCUCCAGGUAUGCCAACAAUCCCGUGAAGAAUUUCUACACCAGGAUGGCGUUCAAAAGGACCACCCCACCUACAAGCUGUGCCGCAACAUCGUGAACGGCCAGAGCGCAAGGCCAGUCUACAUCUCAAUGGAACAAGACAUUGUGCAGGCUCUACGUUUCCGUAAGUAUUGCCCACUUCCACUUCUAGCAUUAAUUUAAUUUGUUCUAGCUCUCCUCACCCAGCCAGAGCUUAAACCCCUCCAACAUAUAUACUUUCACCACACAGUUAUGGACAAACACCCUAUUGACAACUUUUUGAGGGCUGAUUACGACUUCAGCCACUUUUCCAACCUCAGAAAAGUCUAUUACGAUCUUGGGACCGUAAAAUGUGAAAGCGGCGCUGCUAUCCUCAAGGAAAGAUUGGAACGUGGUGGAAACACUAUAACUCCUGUUAUUGUCCUUGGUCGUAACAACACUCGUCCCAAAUUUUGUGGGUCUGGGAUUGAAUACCUCAACCGCGAAGUGAAAGAGAAGCAUGAAUGUCUGAUAGAAGAGACUUGUUUAGACCCAUAUCACAUGCGGUGGGCUAGAAGAAAGGUGUAAGCUAAUCUUAACAUAACGUUGAAAAUG